AUGUUUCUCACAAGCCCCAUCCAUCGCUGUUUCAUGGAUCCUGUAUUCUGGACACCAGACUUGUUCAAAAGGAUCAUCGCAGAACUGACACGUGUGGGUCUCGACAAAGUUCACAAUCACAAAACUACCAAAUAUACUGGGAUCGAAGGACUGGACUUCUGCCACUCGUCUGAAGUACUGAAGGCCGACCCUGGUGUACUUGAGAAGCGCCGAUGUCUAUGGUGGCGGAAUCUCAAAACUUUUAUGCCGCUGGUGGUUUUCAGCUAUGGUAUAAACAGUGGAAAGGCAGCCUUUGAGUUGUGUUUUAAAAGAAGUCUGGUACUGAAUCCGAAGCACGGAGAAAUAGUCGAGCAUUGGGAGGGCUUGGAGGCAGCGAAGGGCGACAGAAGGUACACUAGGAGUUUUUACAAGAUGAGUCAAAGGAGACAAACUCAAGUAUGCUUGAGAAGCCUAGUUGAAACAGGUAACGGAAACACAAAAAGCGCUAGGGACGUCGAACCCAUUGCUUCAUAUGCUCUAGGGUCUAAAAUAAUCAGUAUUUUGAUAAUCGCCGUUGAGGAUACAGUCGUCUACCGUCGUUACGGUGUCACUUUGCCUCGCGAGUGCAACCUCUGUAUUAAGAAAGAAAGCCAAAAGGAAUUUCGAGGCAGGAUUAGAGUGGCUCAAUUAUGGUAG